AGAAUGCUUUCAAAUGUUUUUAGGUAUCAGGCGUUUAUACACAAAUGGCAGAUUACUACAGCCAAGAUUACGGGUCAUCAAUGGAUUACAAUAACAUGGAGACUGGUUACGGGUCUGCUGCUCAGUCUACCGCGAUGGGUAAUGGGGAAUAUGGGCAAUUUUCAUAUGACCACAUAAGAGAUGAGGAAGACUAUCAAGCAAUUCCUCGCCCCGAAAAGCGAGUAUCAUCGCCCCAAACUAAAUACGACUCUGGAAAUGACGAUCGAAUUCGGGAUAAAAAACGUGGGCGGAGGAAGUCGCGCAGUCGUAGUCGUGAUCGUCGACGUCAUAGCCGAGAUCGACAUCGAGACCACAGUCGAGAACGUAAAUCUAGGAGACAUCAUUCACGUCAUCGGUCAGCUUCAAGUCCUACGUUAGUAUAUAAGUAUUGGGAUGUUCCGCCCCCAGGGUUUGAGCAUGUAACUCCGGCACAGUACAAAGCCCUUCAAGCAUCAGGUCAAAUACCGGUCAAUGUAUACGCUGCAGGACAGGUACCAAUGCCAGUUCAUGCUCCGAAUGCUCCUCUAACACUCACUACUAAUGUUCCGUUCGCCGGCAGUGCUGUUUGCAGACAAGCACGCCGAUUAUACGUUGGUAACAUACCGUUCACAGCAACAGAAGAGAAUAUGAUGGAAUUCUUUAAUAAACAAAUGCGUGCUCAAGGCUUGAUUCAAGCGGAAGGUAACCCCAUAAUUGCCGUGCAAAUAAAUAUGGAGAAAAACUUUGCUUUCUUGGAAUUUCGUUCUGUCGACGAAACAACCCAAGGCCUCGCGUUAGAUGGUGUUUUGUUUCAGAACAAGCUUUGA